AUGCUUAUAAAUGCAGGCACUAAUGCCAAAAUAGAUGUUCAGUUGUACAGUGAGACCAGCUCCUCAGCAAGGUACCGACUCUCAGCCUAUGACACUGAACAGCCAAUACUGAAACGUGGGAAUAAGGACAUGUUUCUGGUCUACACACAAGCUCCCCUUGGAAAAAUGUCCCAUGUGGUCAUCAAUCAGAAAGGAAAGGGGAAGAAAGCCAAAUGGCACCUGGACAACAUCAAGCUGUAUGAUCCCCUGGAGGAGCAGGAGUGGACCUUCCCAUGUAAUAUCUGGCUUAAACCAGCACACAAUGGAGGGGAGGAGACCCACUGUGUAUGCUUCCAGAGUGAGCAGACACGCACCAGUUGGUUGUUCAACACCAUCACUUCCAACCUGCUCCAGUUCCACCUGUGGGUCAAUGCUGUGUUUGGAGGUCCACGUGAGCACCCCUGCAUCCUGUCCCGUCCUCUCACAGUCCUGACCCUGUUCUCCCUAUAUGUCAACUACCUGCUGGGGAACAUCCUGCUCACUGUGGCUUUUCCACAGCCUGCCAGUGGUGAAAAACAGCUGGUGUCUGGGGACCUCUUCAUCAUUGCAUUUGGUGUCCACUUUGUCAUCAAGCUGCUCAACUGCCUGGUGGAGUUCACUCUGUGUAACACAGUGACCAAACGCCUCUGCUGGAUGUAUGAUAUCCUCAACAUGGACCCCCUGGGAUGGACUGACAAGCCUGACACUGGUGGGGGAGGAAGAAUCAGCAUGGCCCGUCAGGCCUGCAGGGAUGCUCCCCCAGAUGACGAGGAGGCCUUUAUUCUCUCUGGAGAUGCAGACAUUCCAGCCAGUGUUGGUGUGGAGGAUGACACCAUGGUCUCCAUAAGCCAUGGCCAGUAUCUGGUGGAGGCUGAGAUCCAUCAUGGAGCUUCUCCCAGUGAGGUGCUGGACACUGCAGAUAUCCCUGUGGAACUGACUUACACAGCUUGUGGUGGGGAACAGAAGCUGGAGGAAUUUAAACCCUCAGCCAUUCCUAAAGUGGCCAGGGGCUCUGUGAGUGCCAAGGACUCUCAGCUCAACCUGAGUAACACCCUCCUUGUAGACAAGCCCCAGCCCUUGCUGUCAGCCUGGCAGCCCAGUGAUAUGCCCUUUGAGGAGAUGGAUGAAAUGCCAACCAAGGCCCUCUCCUCCCAUGCCAUCAUCAGCCCCAUUCCCCCAUCUGCUGGGCCAGGGAAGAGACAGAGGCGCCACACCAUGGUGUUCAACAGGGAGGAGAUGCCAUUCAGCAGGCAGGUGUCACUGGCCUCCAAGACUGAACUCAUGAGGCAGAACCUUGCCAAGAAACGCCUCGGCCACAUGGAUGUAGAGACCUCCACUGCAAGAGUCACAGUCUGA